UGCUUCUUCGGGGGGGAGGAGGUGGUAGGGGCGCACCUCAGCACUAUCCCAAGACUGUCGGCAACAGCGAGUUCCUGGGGAAAACCCCAGGGCAAAGCGUUCAGAGAUGGGUUCCUUCACGAAGCACUAGACGAGAUGUCAACUCCAGCAACGAAAAAGAGCGACACGAUGCAAUCUUCAGGAAAGUGAGGGGCAUACUCAACAAACUCACGCCUGAGAAGUUUGACAAGCUAUGCCUUGAGCUCCUGAACGUGGGCGUAGAUUCAAAACUCGUCCUUAAAGGAAUCAUCUUGCUGAUUGUAGACAAAGCCCUAGAAGAGCCGAAGUAUAGCUCGCUCUAUGCUCAGCUAUGUCUGCGCUUGGCAGAGGACGCACCAAACUUUGAUGGCCCUUCAUCUGAGAUCCAAACAUCCCAAAAGCAGAGCACAACCUUCAGAAGACUGCUGAUUUCCAAACUUCAAGAUGAAUUUGAAAACCGCACCAGAAAUGUUGAAAUCUAUGACAAACAUGACAACCCUCUUACUUCUGAGGAGGAGGAGCAGCGUUCCAUUGCCAAGAGCAAGAUGCUUGGCAACAUUAAAUUCAUCGGGGAGCUUGGCAAACUCGACCUCAUCCACGAAUCUAUCCUUCAUAAGUGCAUCAAAACACUUCUGGAAAAGAAGAAGAGAGUCCAGCUCAAGGAUAUGGGGGAGGAUCUGGAGUGCCUCUGUCAGAUAAUGAGAACAGUGGGGCCGAGACUCGACCAUGAGAAAGCAAAGUCUUUAAUGGAUCAGUAUUUUGGCCGUAUGCGAUCCUUAAUGAACAACAAGGAGUUGCCCGCUAGGAUCCGCUUCCUGCUGCAAGACACAGUGGAACUGCGAGAAAACAACUGGGUCCCCCGCAAGGCUUUCAUCGACAACGGACCAAAGACGAUUCACCAGAUCCGUCAGGACGCAGUCAAAGAUUUGGGUGUUUUCAUCCCAGCGCCCAUGUCUCAGGGUAUGAGGAUGGACUUCUUCCUGGAAAGCCCCUUCAUGCCCAACAGAAUGAAACUGGACAGGGAGACUCUCGGGGGAUUGGCCGAUAUGUUUGGGCAAAUGCCAGGCAGUGGGAUUGGAACUGGCCCGGGGGUUAUUCAGGACAGGUACUCGCCCACUAUGGGACGCCAUCGCACCAACCCGCUCUUCAACGGCCACAGCGGUCACAUGGCCCCUCCACCACAGUCACAGUUCGACGCUGGGCAAAAGUCUUUCGUUAAGUCCAACCAGGUUCAGAACCAGCAUUUCCUCAACCAGAACCAGAACCACAUGGCCCAGCAGCAGGUUCAGUCCAAGGACAUGCCGCCACGAUUCAGCAAGAAAGGGCAGCUUAAUGCCGAUGAGGUAACUGGAAUCAGCCUCAGACCUGCUCAGUCAUUCCUCCUCAACAAGAACCAGGUACCCAAGCUCCAGCCCCAGAUCCCCACCAUGAUGCCCCCCAGCGCCCAGCCCCCACGCACCCAAACCCCCCCUCUGGGACAGCCUCCACAGCUUGGCCUGAAGACCAACCCUCCGCCCAUCCAAGAGAAACCUCAGAAGACGAACAAGAAACCACCUCCUGCCAGGGAGGAACUGCUCAAAAUGACGGAGGCGAUCGUGACUGAGUACUUGAACAGCAAGAACCUGACGGAGGCUGUGAGCGGCGUGCGAGAGAUGAAGGCUCCCAAGCACUUUCUGCCGGAGAUGCUGAGCAAGAUCAUCGUGUGUUCCCUGGACCGUCCCGACGAGGAUAAGGAGCACGCCAGCACCCUGAUCCACACGCUCCGCACCGAGGGCCUCAUCACUGGAGAGAACUUCAUGCAGGCUUUCCUCACCGUCUUGGACCAGUGCCCUAAGAUCGAGCAGGACGUGCCCCUGGUGAAGUCCUACCUGGCCCAGUUUGCGGCCCGGGCCGUCAUCGCGGAGCUGGUGAGCGUGGCGGAGCUGGCUCACCCUCUGGAGAACGGCACGCACUUCCCCCUCUUCCUGCUCUGCCUGCAGCAGACGGCCAAGCUGAAGGAUCGCGAGUGGCUGACAGACCUCUUCCAGCAGAGCCACGUCAACAUGCAGAAGAUGCUCCCAGAAAUCGAUCAGAACAAAGACCGCAUGCUGGAGAUCCUGGAGGGGAAGGGCCUGAGCUUCCUGUUCCCGCUGCUGAAGCUGGAGAAGGAGCUGCUGAAACAGAUAAAGGCAGAUCCCUCUCCACAGUCCAUCUACAAGUGGAUAAAGGACAACAUCUCUCCCAAGCUUCACACCGAUAAAGGCUUCGUCAACAUCCUCAUGACCAGUUUCCUCCAGUACAUCUCCCAGGAGCUGUGCAUGGCGGAGGGUGAUGAGCAGCUGGCGGCCCCCCCCAAGGAGCAGCUGGAGCAGGAGAAGCAGCUGCUGCUGGCCUUCAAGCCCGUCAUGCAGAAGUUCCUGCACGACCACACCGAGCUGCAGGUCAGCGCCCUCUACGCCUUGCAGGUGCACUGCAACAGCAGCGCCUUCCCUAAAGGCAUGCUGCUGCGCUACUUUGUCAACUUCUACGACAUGGAGAUCAUUGAAGAAGAAGCCUUCCUUGCAUGGAAAGAAGACAUUACUCAAGAAUUCCCUGGAAAAGGAAAAUCUUUAUUCCAGGUGAACCAGUGGCUCACCUGGCUGGAGACGGCGGAGGAGGAGGAGUCUGAGGACGAAGCAGAUUGAGAAACCAAGAGCGAAGCAUCAUGGCGUAGAAGAUCGACCUCUGCUACCUUUAUUAGUACACUCGCCUUUUUGUCCUUUUUAUUUAACUCCAUUCUUAAUUUAACCACUACCAACAUGGCACUUAGCUGCUUCCGUCUCGCAAACAUAAAACCGAAAAAAGCUUUUUAUCCGUAGGGCCCCGUGUGUGUAUGUAACCGGCCGCGUUACCGUGGCGACGGGCCGAAGAAGCAUCAAUUGAUCUGUUGCCUAAUGGAUGUUUGAUUUCUUUUUUUUUCUUUUUUUUGGGAUAUGUGUCCCGAUGAAUUCUGCAGCCUUGAGUGGCUCAACCAUGUCUUCUGUUAACAUUUUUUUUUUUUUCACUGUAUUGCAUGUUUUUCAUUUCCACACAAUUUUUACUGAUCUGAACCCCUCCCCUUCCCCUCCCAGUAGGAAACUUCUCGAUCUAAAUAAAUCCUAAAUAAGUGGUCAUCUUUUUUUUGCUAACGCUAGUUAAAUAAGACUAAUAAGAAAAAAAAAAGGUGUUAUCAGUGAGCUGCUUUUGUGAUCUUCCUGCCUGGAGUCAUGUGAUCCUUUUUAAAAAAACAUCAAAAGGGGGAUUUAAACCCAGCGCAGCGAUCAGCGUUCAGCCUUUUGUUUUCAGAAAGUUUGAUGGAUGUCAAGGGGGGAAAGUGAGAGUGAAGCAUAAGCUGGCGGAACAUUUCACGAUGAAUUAUUAUUAUUAAGGUGUUUAGUCAACAUAUGCUUGCUUAAAAAUCCCGUUUUCAGCUUCUUCUUUUAAAUAAAAGUGCUCUUCGUAGUCGCUGAUGACGAGCAUUUCUUCUUCUUUUGUUUUGAUUUUUUACCCCCUUUGUCAUCUGUCCCUCUUUCUCGUCUUCUAUUAAACGAGUGGUUGCAAUACUCACGAUCCUGCUAAUGUUACACUGUUUUAAGGAGUCGUAACCAUUGGUGUGCCGCCGUAACGUUUCAAAGUUGCCUGUGUUUCUACCUCCUUAGUUAGAUGGGCUUUUGUUUGUUUUUGUCGUGCUGGGAUGAUAAUAAUGAAAUUACUAAGAACUUAUAUAAAAGCCCAACGCAGACGCUCAAGUGUUUGAUGUAGUUCUGGCCUAGUUGCACAAUAAAUUUACAGACUUUUUUUCUUUCUUACAACAAGCUUCACAUGGUUUACAAGUAUUAAUAUUUAAGAACGAACGAGAGAAAACCAGCUUGUUUUUAUCGAUUUGGAUUGACAGCUCAACGAACCGUGCCUGUUAAAAGGUUUGCUUUCAGUCUCGCCCCGGAGUUUUGGAGGAGUAACGGUGUGAAUGUGGCCUGUUUAUUUUGGGAAAAAAUGGAAACAAGUGGAUUUUUUAAAUGUUUUUUCUUAAAUUGGCAACGUUAAAAAGCAAACCUUUUUAGACGGCUUGUGAUCGAUUCCCCCCCCCUCUCUGUCUCUCUCUCAGUAAGUAAGUAAGUAACGGCUUAAUCAGAAUGAAAUGACGACUUUUACCCAAGAAUUGUGCUGACGAGCCAUGUUUAUGUAUAAGGCAAAUGGAUUUGGAUCAUAUUGUAAGGUAUUCAAAAUUAUUGUGCACCUCCUAUUGCUUUAAUGUCAAUAAAGUCCAAUACAUGAGCACCAAA